AUGCGCUCCACACCACCACUGCUGGCCCAUCGUCGCGUGGCCGCCGGCGCCAGUUCCCAUCAUAUCGGCAACACCCCCCAGGUGAAUUCAGGCACCAGUUCGACUUCGUUCUCUGCUCACUACGGAUCUGAUAGCAUGUCUAUCAGCGAAGGCCAAGACGACGACAUACCGGACCUUGAUCUCGCCAGCCACGGAUCCGGCCAAUACGGUGGGGUGAGCAACCUGCCGGAGAACCCCAUCUUUCACUACACCACAAUGGCCCAAGAUCUCAACCUAUUCCCAUCAUUACAGGACAGCUCAGGCAAUUAUUCCAAUGCCGUCGACCAAGCUGAUGACUCGUCGGCAUCUUCUGAAAUAGGGUCUACUUCACCUUUAAGCGUUUGGCUUGAUGACGAUAUCAUGGGCGAGGGUGAGAGCGGCAUGAAUGAAGGAGGUAAUAGCUUAUACCCCUCGCAUACUGGCCCUAUUUUCAAUGAAAAUGAUUCGGCUGAAGUAGAAAUGGAGGAAGUUGACACUGAUGGAUCCAAUGGCUCAGAUCCAGACUCUACGGAUGAGGACGACGCCGCGCCGCACCAAUCCCCGCCCCCGGGACCUCACAACAACGGCUUUGGCUCCCCUCUGGAUCAAACUCCAGUCGUUAUUACCUUGCCCAUGAUUACGGCGGAAUUCUCACUAAACCCUUUCGCAUUAGGAUUCCCGGAUCCUCUCUCGUUUCCUGGUGCCCCGCCGCUGGCCCCUGGUGAGGAUGACCUCCCACCACUAAUGCUAAGCUCAGGGAGUGCUGAAAUUACAGGGUCUCAAAACUACGGCUUACUUGACUUCCUUCGUUAUUGGGGUCGCCACGGCCCAGCUUAUCAGAGAAAAGAUCCCAACUUCAUAAUUCCGAAUAUUCCCCGCAUGAUGGACCACAUAAGUCAGAGUGUAAGAGGAGUCUCGUAUUCAGAUCUUAAUGGAGACAGAUGCGAUAUGCAAGGCCUCAACUGGGAAAGAAUGGGAGUGACCCGAAAGACGGCGAGGAUCACACGAAAUCAAGUCUACAAGAAUUACACCAAUAUCCAAGGAUCGGAUACUAUUACAACAGUCGAGUCAGACACUUUUAUCCCACCAUCGGAGAGCUACUUUCGAUAUCGCCAAACGAUAAUGCGUUCAGAUGUUCAUCUGUCCCAUUUCCAGCUCCGUUCCGUCCUCGCCUGCCCUUCACGGUCACAGGUCUACUACGCAACCCGCCGAGGUAUCAAUCGACUGAACCCUGUAUCGAAGAGGUCGGACUUGGCCAUGAAUGUCAGAUUCCUUGGUUCAUCGCAACGUACUGUCACAGCUCUUGACGCAACUUCAGAGGUGCUGGUGGGUGGAACCUUCAACGGAGAUUACUGCAUCAAACCCAUCCACGCCGAGGACGCCCAGAGGCCCUCUGAAGGCAAGAUUACGGGUGAAUCCGGUUCCAUCACUACUCAUAUCCAGAUUCAUACCCCGCGCCGUUCGUCGUCGCCCGUUGCCGCAAUCGCCAGCAACGAUAAUGGUCUGAGAAUGCUGGACCUAACAACCGAGAAGUUCAUCUCGAAAAGCUUUUACGCCUCCGCUUUGAACUGUUCUGCCAUUUCGCCGGAUCGUCGGCUUCGGGUACUUGUAGGUGAUACCCCAUAUGUGAGCAUCGUCAACGCCGACACCGGUGCAGUUGAGGUGGCACUCAAGGGUCAUCGCGACUACGGGUUUUCCUGCGACUGGUCCGACGACGGGGUGACAGUGGCAACAGGCUUCCAGGACAAGCGUAUCAAGAUCUGGGACGCCCGGAAGUGGACGGAUUCCAGCGGUAAUAGCACUCCAGUCAUGAGCAUACUAUGUGAGCUGUCCAGUGCUCGAAGCCUGAAGUUUUCACCACUUGGCAGUGGUGAACCAGUGCUUGUUGCGGCAGAGGAGGCGGACUACGUCAACAUAAUCGACGGUAAGACAUUCCGGAAGAAACAGACCAUCGACAUAUUUGGAGAGGUUGGCGGCGUAGCCUUCGCCGAGGACGGCCAACAACUGAAUGUCCUGGUCAGUGACACUCGCAGAGGUGGCCUCAUUCAAUUCGACAGAUGUGGGCUGCUUCACUCCAGUCGAUUUACCCAUCCUCUUUCAAAUCUCCGGCAUUUCUAG